AUGGCCCUUCCACAGCCUCUUCCUGAGCUAUCGCCCGAUUUUCGCCACACCUGGACCUUGGCCCACUCCGAGUGCAGGUACAAGCUUGACAUGCUGUCGAACGCGCACUUCACGCCCAGACCUCCCCUGGCGGGCUCCUCGGCGGAGGGACUGAAGGUGCCUUCCCUCAAAAUGGAGGAGACGAUACCACUUAUGGUCUCCGAUGCCACCUUACAAGCGCCGGAGGAGCGGCGAGCACCUCGCCGGCACGUCAAGGAUCAAGCAGAGCUCACUCCUGACGAGAAAGCAGCCGUGCGCCGCACGCGCAAGGCUGCGAGAACAAAGCGGCUUCAAGACAAGGUGGAACGCGGCGAGAUGUCGCUGGCCGAUCGUCGCGCCCGGGAUGCCAAGCUACAGGAGAAGAAUAAGGCGGCAAAGCAGGAGAAGGGCCCACUGGCCCGCCCCCCAAGACCCACGUGUUGCAGCAACCUGCGGAAGUUGCCACUGUGUCGCUAA